AUGGAAGGGUCUGUGGGUAUACUUCUGAAACCAUUUGUCAUGUUCUAUUCACCUGUUGUAGAGCGAAAGAAACAUGAACUUUCUCAAUUCACGCUCCUGCCCAAUGGAUGGUCCCCCUCCUCGGUAUUUCUCAACAUUUAUCAUCUCCUUUUACACAGCAAGAAGACAACAAACCCGCCAGAUAUACGUGCAGCCUUUUCUUGGAUCUUAUGGCAAAUAUGGAUGGCUCGGAAUGCAACAGUCUUCGAAAAUGUCAAUCUCUCGCCCAGUGAAAUCACGGUGAAGGCUUUUGAUGAGGCUGAUGAGUGGACUAAUGUUAACUGCAAAGAAAGUUCCGUACACCAUCAACAACCUACCUUGCCCAUUGCCUCACCCAUGUGGAUAAAACCGCCACUGAACAAAAGGAAAUGCAACAUUGGGGUAUCAUGGAUCCAUCCGAGACGAAACAGUGGAGCAUCGUGGUUACUAAGAGAUCACCAGGGAUUAGCUCUGUGUGACAGUAGGCGGUGUUUUUCACAAGAGAGGCACUACUUCAUCCAAACAAUUUUCCUCAAUAUAGCAGGAUCAUUGAUUCUAUUCUCAGCUUGCUUGAUCAUUCAUGAAACCGCCAACAGAGCAGCUCAAGCCAUUCCUGUAAGUGUAACCCGAGAUCAUCGUUAUCAAUCCUAUGUGGCUCAUCAAGGUCCUUUCUGGCUGCACAAGACCAUCUUGGAGGAUGUC